AUGGCUACCCCUAGUGUCCUAGUCUUUGACGCCGAGGGUCGCGCCAUUAACUUUGAGGUCUGGCUAGACGACCUGCAGCUGUUCUUACAGUGCGACAGAGCUGACGGCCUUUCUCUCUUUGACCUCACCUCUGGCGCCUCUCCUGCUCCUGCUGCCGAUGCUGAUCCCACUGUUCGCUCUCAGUGGGCCACCCGCGAUGCUGCUGCACGUCUUGCUGUGCGUCGCCACCUCCCUACCUCUGAGCGUGCGCACUUUAGUCAGUACAAGAGUGCUCAGACCUUGUACGACGCUGUCGUUGCGCGCUACUCCUCCCCUGCCACUGCUGCACUGAGCCGUCUCAUGCUUCCCUACCUCUUUCCUGACCUCUCUGCCUUUCCCACUGUUGCUGACCUCAUUACGCACCUCCGCACUAGUGACACUCGCUACCGCGCCGCCCUUCCUGCUGAGGACCACUUUCUAGCAGUCUGUCCCACCACUCUCACCGUCGACCUCCUCGAGAAGGCCCUCCUCUCAGCUGAGAAGAGCAUAGUUGCUGUAGGGGCUUCUCGUGGUGACCCUCGCACCCCCAUCUUUGAGGGGUGCUCUCCUUCCCCCUUGCUGCCCUCUGUUGCCUCUGCUGCUGCUGCCGACCUGCUUGGUCUUGAGUCGGUCGGCGCGGCGUCUGCCCCUAGUGGGAGACGUCGCUCCAGCAAGGGCAAGGGGGGCAAGGGCGCGGGUGGAGCUGGAGGGAGCGGUGGAGGUGGCGGCGGUGGCGGCGGCGGGAGUGGGAGUGGCGGCGGGAGUAAUGGAGGUGGUGGUGGUGGUGGCAGCAGCGGCGGAGACGGUGGUGGUGGCGGCGGCGGUGGUGGAGGUGGCAGCGGCGGAGGUGGAGGCGGCGGAGGUGGAGGCGGUGGAGGCGGUGGAGGCGGCGGCGGAGGAGCAGGAGGUGGUGGAGGGAGCGGAGCUGGUCGGGGUGGUACCCAGCAGCGUAGCGGCGGUGGUGGUGGCCAGCGCUCGCAGCGGCAGCAGCAGCAGCGCUCACGGGACAUCCCUCCGCCCCAGCAGCUUCGUGAGUGGUACGCUGGGCGUCUGAGGGGUGGGGGUACUGGUCCCUGCACCUACGUUCUUCGUUUCGGCGACCGCGCGGCGAUCUUUGAUCUUGAUUUUGAUGCUAUCCUUGCUGCUAUGUAUGCUGUGACUUAUAGUGAGGAGAAUGAGGGUUACCGGUGUUUCCAGCCCGACCCGGGCAUUGGUACUGCUGCGCUAGGUGCUUGUGAGGCUGCUGCUCUAGGUGCCAGUGCGUCUGCGCUCUCAGGUACUGGUGAGACUGCGCUUUCAGGUACUGAGUCGCCCUCGUCCUCCCUCACUUUCACACUUGACUCCGGAGCUUCUCGCUCCUUCUUCCGAGACCGCACUACCCUUACGCCUCUUGGCCGGCCGGUUGCGGUCUCCCUUGCUGACCCCUCUGGGGGUCCUGUCCUGUCUCACUUCUCCACUGUCCUCCCGUGUCCGGCUGCCCCUUCAGGCACCCUGUCUGGUCUGUACCUUCCCUCGUUCUCCACGAACUUGGUGAGUGGUGCGGCCCUACAGGAUGAGGGGUUCACCAGUCAGGUAGCUGCGUCAGGUCAGGUGUUUGCUGCUGCGUCCCGGUCAGGUCCUGAGUCUGCCCCCUGUUCUUGCCGCCUCCUGUCUCACGAGACUCUUCUGUGGCACCACCGUCUUGGCCACCCCUCCUUGCCCCGUCUUCGGAGCAUGGCGUCCCGUGUCCUUGUCUCUGGUCUUCCCCAGUCUCUCCCUCCUCUCCCCUCCGGGCCAGGACCUUCCUGUGUCCCCUGUGUCGAGGGUCGCCUCCGAGCUACUCCUCACUCCUCCCACUUCCCCCCGACAGAGGCUCCCCUGCAGACGCUUCACAUGGAUGUGUGGGGCCCAGCCCCCGUCCGUGGGCAGGGUCACGAGCGCUACUUCCUGUUGGUGGUUGACGACUACUCGCGUUACACCACAGUCCUCCCCUUGCGCAGCAAAGGUGCGGUCACUGAGGUGCUGAUCGACUGGAUCCGCGAGGCUCGUCUCCAGCUCAGGCAGAGAUUCAGCUCGGACUUUCCUGUUCUGCGUCUGCACUCAGACAGAGGCGGAGAGUUCUCCUCUCGCCUUCUGCGAGACUACUGUCGCGCACGGGGGAUCCGCCAGACCUGUACACUUCCAGACUCUCCACAGCAAAAUGGGAUUGCUGAGCGCCGCAUUGGCAUGGUCAUGGAUGUCGCUCGUACGUCCAUGAUGCAUGCGGCUGCCCCCCAUUUUCUGUGGCCGUUUGCGGUGAGGUACGCGGCGCAUCAGCUCAACCUUCACCCCCGGGUCUCUAGGCCUGCGAUGUCCCCAGCCUUGCUGUGGACGGGGAAGGUUGGCGAUGCGUCUGCGUUCCGUGUCUGGGGAUCUCGGGCGUUUGUCCGCGACUUGUCUGCGGACAAGCUGUCCCCUCGUGCUGCUCCCUGUGUCUUCCUUGGCUUCCCCACUGACGCCCCAGGGUGGCAGUUUUACCACCCCUCCUCUCGUCGUGUUCUGUCCUCCCAGGACGUCACGUUCGACGAGUCAGUCCCCUUCUACCGUGUGUCCCAGGUAGACGCCGCUGACCCGGUCGAGGUUACUGGUGACUCUGGUGCUGCUGCGGGUGCUGAGCCUAGGGGUGCUGACUCUGGGGGUGCUGUGCGCGGGGGUGGUGAGCCUGAGUGUGCUGGGCCUGGGGGUGCUACUGCGGAGAGUGCGGAGCCUGGGGGUGCUGAGCCGGGGGGUGCUGUGCCUGGAGGUGCUGGGUCUGGGGGUGCUACGUCGAGAGCUGCUGAGCCUGGGGGUGCUGAGCUGGGAGCUGCUGAGCCUGGGGGUGCUGCGUCUAGAGCUGCUGAGCCUGGGGUUUCUCCUGCUGCGCCUCGCCGGGAGCCCCUCUCUCCACAGGAGCUGCGCGAGUGGUUCGCUCGCCGCUGGAGACGUGCUGCUGAGUCUGGCGGUGCUGUUGGAGCUGGAGCUGGUGCUUCUGCGACCGUCGAGGGUGCUGGUGCUGCCAGUCCCGGAGCUGCUGGACCUGCGGGUCCUCCUGAAGCUAGAGCUGCUGGGGCCGUUGGUGCUGAGACUACUGCUGUUGGUCCUGCCGCUGGAGGAGUGGGUGAUGCUGGUGCUGUUGCUGAGGGUGCUGGUGCUGUCCCUGCUGCGUCUGGAGCUGCCGCGCGGCCUCGGCCGUACUUCGUCCCGCUUCUGCAGCAGGUUCUUGGUCUUUCUCCUCCAGUAGAGGGUCCACCGCCUGUCCAGUCGCAGUCCCUGCUGGAGCCUUCCUCUCCACUGCCUGCUCCCUCUCCUUACACUGGUCCUACUGGAGGUCUUGCUGAGCGUCGUGAGCCUGCGUCUCGUCCCGCGUCGCCUGUUCGUGCUGCAUGCGCUAGUGGUCGCAGUUCGCGUCAGCGUCCUCCUCCUGUCCCUGGCACGCACCGGAUGUCUCUGCGUCCGUCCACUGCUCCUCUGCGUGCCCCUUUGCCUUCUCCUCCUGAGUCCUCUCUUCCUGCGCUUGCCGACCCUGAGUCGGACUCUCUUCGUGCUGCCAGUCCUACUGUCACGCGUCUACUUGCUAUUGUCGUCACUGACCCCUCUUUUGAGUCCAGUGCUGCGUCUGCUCUUGUCGCUGAGCUUGUCGACUUUGCUGCUCGCUGUCGUCUAGACUACGCUGCUAGUCUUGUUGCUGAGUCUGCGUCUGUCUGUCCUCCGUCCGUCGGGGGUGAGUGUGCUCUUGGCACGGACGUCCUAGAGGACAGGCAGGAGGAGCUACAGUGUCUAGCGGCUGUUUCACCUCAUCUCGCGUCUGUACUGCUUGCCCCUGAGGGAGACCCGGAUGCACUAGACAUCCCGACUCCACGUUGUUACGCGGAGGCCGUAGAGGGUCCCUACUCCUCUAAGUGGCAGGCAGCUAUGGAUGCAGAGAUGGCUUCCUGGAAGUCCACAGGCACCUACGUUGACGCGGUUCCCCCUCCUGGGGCGAACAUUGUCAGUGGCAUGUGGAUCUUCAGGGUGAAGCGGCCGCCUGGCUCUCCACCUGUCUUCAAGGCGCGGUACGUUGCUCGUGGCUUCAGUCAGCGGCAGGGAGUUGACUACUUUCAGACCGUCUCUCCCACCCCGAAGAUGACCACUCUUUGGGUGCUGCUGCACAUAGCCGCUCAGCGCGACUACGAGCUUCACUCUCUCGACUUCAGCACUGCGUUCCUGCAGGGUAGCCUGCACGAGGAGAUCUGGCUGCGCCGUCCGCCUGGCUUCACUGGGACUUUCCCUCCUGGCACCCAGUGGAGCCUCCGACGGCCAGUCUACAGUCUCCGCCAGGCACCGCGUGAGUGGCACGACACACUGAGGACUACGCUUGCGGCUCUUGGGUUUGCUCCUUCUACUGCUGACCCGUCGCUGUUUCUGCGCACCGACACUUCCCUGCCGCCGUUCUACAUCCUCGUGUACGUCGACGACUUGGUCUUUGCCACAGCGGACACUGCUGGACUCGCCUACGUGAAGUCCGAGCUGCUGAAGAGACACACGUGCACAGACCUGGGUGAACUGCGCAGCUACCUUGGCUUGCAGAUCACUCGGGACAGAGCACGCCGCACCAUUACCUUGACUCAGUCACACAUGGUGCAGCAGGUCCUUCAGCGCUUCGGCUUCACGUACUCCUCGCCUCAGGCCACUCCUCUGCCUACUCGCCACUCACUCUCAGCUCUGCCUUCGGAUGAGUCCGUAGAGUCGAGUGGUCCGUAUGCAGAGCUUGUUGGCUGCCUCAUGUACCUGAUGACCUGCACACGACCUGACCUUGCAUACCCUCUGAGCAUUCUUGCACGCUAUGUUGCUCCUGGCAGACACCGACCAGAGCACAUGGUUGCAGCAAAGAGGGUAUUGCGCUACCUGUGCAGUACGUCGGGCAUGGGGCUAGUGCUUGGAGGGCGCAGUCCAGUGGUCCUUACAGGCCACGCGGACGCUUCUUGGGCUGACGACCAGGCUACGCAGCGGUCGUCACAGGGUUACACCUUCAGCCUUGGUUCCGGCUCUGUCUCUUGGCGGUCUACUCGCUCGUCUUCGGUUCUCGGCUCCAGUUGUGAGGCUGAGAUCUACGCCGGGGCCAUGGCUGCACAGGAGCUUCGCUGGCUCACCUACCUGCUGACUGACCUUGGAGAGCCGCCUCGUUCUCCUCCAGUGCUGUACGUAGACAACAAGGCCAUGCUGGCCUUGUGUCGAGAGCAGCGCUUGGAGCACAGAACGAAGCACAUUGCUCUCCGCUACUUCCUUGCUCGUGAGCUGCAGCAGCGUGGUCAGUUGCGACUUGCGUACGUGGCCUCUGAGGCCAACACUGCUGAUGUGUUCACCAAGGCACUCGCGCCUUGUGACCAUCAGCGCUUUUGCACCCAGCUGGGUCUUGUGCCUGUCUUGCCUCACUUGCUCUCCUCUUGA